AAGGGUGACUUGGGGAACUGUGUACUGCAGCAGCGCGAACAACCUCCGUGCAUCCAAUACAGCUGGCUAUAUCGCGUACAUUCUGCGACUUGCUGCCAAUAUGAACAUUCAUUGAAUGCAGAUGCAGACCCCGUUGGCCACUGUUGCCAUGCAUGAGGCGCACCCAGCCUUGUCUCCGCAUGCAACGACUGGAUGUUGCAAUAGUCAGAACGCCUUGUCGGGCUCCCUGGCUUUUGCUGCCCAGAGAGCCAAAGUGCAAUUCUGCCAGUCGAACUUGGGCAUCGCGCUCAUUUGCAUAAGAAACCAUCGGCUGCUGCAACCCGCCAGAGUUCAUGUUGCAAAGAACUUACCUCUCUAAGCCCAGUUCGACAAGGCUAUCGCGUCGACCAUUUGAACCACGACUCGGACACAAGUCUUGUAGUCGAUCAACAAAACCCCCCUCCCGCUCAGUUGACACUUGCUGUCUGAAAGCGUCUAUCACGACUGCCACCCAUCAUGGAUCGCCAACUUGUGGACGACCGCACUCCAUACGUGCACUGCCACGGUCGAACCAUGGCGAGUCUGAUGUCGUCCGCAACCAGCAACUACGCCGACUCGGACAUGACUUCGACAUGUGGCGGGAUGGACUCGACCCCGUCGGUUUCCACGGCGCCCCACGAUCCCAACGGUGACAAUCCCAUCUAUCCCUGCUACAUGAGGGAGUAUCUGGAGUGCGAGGCAGGCUUCCGCUCGGGGCAGGAAGAGGCAUGGUUCGAGCAUGUGUGCGACCACAUGAACCAUCUCUUCCCCGUGAAGACCGGUUGCAUCUUCUGCGACGCGACCUUUCCCGCCUCGUCAAUGACCCCGGAUGACCGAAAGGCGGCGUUCCACAGGCGCAUGAUGCAUAUUGCACGACACUUUCGACGCUGGCGCGAGGAGCAGCUCGAGAGCUGGAACCUGGACAGACUCAUGCUGAACCAUCUCCUCCAUCAUGGGAUUGUCGGCCAGUGGGUCGCGGACCUGGCUGAGCGCGUCGACAGACCAGAGCCGGCGGAGGAGCCACUCGAGUCCGGACCUAUGGUGACGCAGGGGGGGGCGAGAGCCCAGAGAGCGACAGGAUCGGAGGAUGUCGAGAUCACGCAGACAUGCGAGUUUGCGCGUGGCCCGCAUUCGCGCAACAAAAAGCCCUUGAAGCAAGGUUCUGCUCUGGAAUACUUUGUGUGAGAGCGCUCAUGGCAGCGACUUGACGUGCCGAUUGGUGUUGGAGGGAUAUUCAAGCACGUUGAAUCGGAGGGCGCAAGGCUGCCUACCCUACAUGGAAGUAGUACACGACCCACUUUUCCAUCACAUUCAAAUGAUUCCAAACGCUUACACGAUAUGAAGAUUAACUCCACAUUUUCUUACAAUGUAAUUAUAUUUGAUUGACGGAAUUUCUCACUAUGAUUGAGGCCCCAAUGCACUU